AUGCUUUCCACAAAGCCUGCAAAAGUAGCUCCGCCUCCUACAACUACCCCUCGACCCUCCCCGCCAUCCUUCUUUCCAUUCCACAUCGUUCCGGGUCUCACAAACUUCCGGGACAUUGGCGGCUGGCCAAUUUCCUCCGCAAUCGACGAAUCAAACAUCAUCGGCUAUGUCCGCAAAGCCAUUCUGUAUCGAGGUUCUGACACCAACAGGAUUACUGCUGAAGGCGUCAUACGAUUGCGAGAGCUGGGGAUCAGAACAGAUUGUGAUUUGCGGAGUAAGCAACAAAUCGAGAAUACAGGGGGAUAUAGGGAGAUGGAUGGGAUUGAGAGGGUCUGGACACCGGUGUUUAAGGAAGAAGAAUAUACGCAUGAGGCGGCGAGACAGAGAUAUGAGCUUUAUGCUGGGGAUGGAACGGAGGGCAUUGUGACAGCUUUUGUCGAGAUCCUAACAUCCGGCGCUCCGAUAUUCUGCAAAAUUCUGCGCCGGCUCAUGUCGACCAUCGGCCCUCCCUCAUCGGAAUCAUUACCUAACAUACCCGCUCCAGGAAUCUUCAUGCACUGUACCACAGGCAACAAUCGCACUGGCGUCUUCAUAUCCCUCCUCCUCCUUCUCCUCCACGUCCCACACGCAUCCAUCUGCAAAGAAUACGCGCUCUCGGAGCAAGGCCUUGCACCAACCCGACAUAUAAAUAUCGAAAGGUUAAUGAAGAAAGGAGCAUUUGAAGAGUACGGUCCGGAAGAAGGGAGAAGAAAAUGUGAGAGGAUGGUUGGGGCACGAGAAGAGAGUAUGUGGGCGUUAAUCGAGGAAGUGCAGAGGACGUGGGGUGGUCCGGAGGGGUAUUUUAGGGAACUUGUGGGGUUGAGCGAGCAGGAAAUUGGGACGUUGAGGGAUGUGAUGACGGUGAUGGUUGGAGCGGAAAAAGAAGGAGCCAAUGAAGAAGCUCAAUUGUGAAGGCUGGAAUGGUUUACACAUUUGGAGGAGCCAGG